GACGCAUACAAACCGCCGCAUUUCGGCGGCUUUCUUCGCCGUGGAUUUAUAUUUGUUUCAGUCACUAUUUACGUUUUUUUGUGUCGCAAAAAAUUUGGUAAUUAAUCGAACCAUCAUGGGAAUUAAAGGACUCUCGCAACUAAUCGCCGAUGUAGCACCGUUCGCGGUGAAGGAAGGGGAAAUGAAGCAAUAUUUCGGACGAAAAGUGGCCAUCGAUGCGUCGAUGAGCUUGUACCAAUUUCUAAUCGCUGUUCGAGCUGAAGGCGCCCAGCUCACGUCGGUCGAUGGCGAAACGACGUCUCACCUGAUGGGAACAUUCUAUCGCACCAUCCGGCUACUCGAGAACGGCCUUAAGCCGGUGUAUGUGUUCGAUGGUAAACCGCCGGAUCUUAAGUCGGGUGAGCUGAACAAACGUGCGGAGCGCCGCGAAGAGGCCCAGAAGGCGCUGGACAAAGCAACCGAGGCUGGCGCCGUAGAGGACAUGGAAAAGUUCAACCGCCGAUUGGUGAAGGUGACGAAGACGCACGUCAGUGAGGCCAAAGAACUGCUGCGCCUGAUGGGUGUUCCUUACGUGGAGGCACCUUGCGAGGCUGAGGCACAGUGUGCCGCCCUGGUGCGCGCUGGGAAGGUGUAUGCGACGGCCACCGAAGAUAUGGAUGCGCUUACGUUCGGUUCGACCGUUCUGCUGCGGCGUCUCACGUUCAGCGAGGCACGGAAAAUGCCAGUCCAAGAGUUUACCUACGAAAAAGUGCUGAAGGGUUUCGAGCUAACACAGGAUGAGUUUAUCGAUCUGUGUAUUUUGCUUGGAUGCGAUUACUGCGACACGAUACGGGGCAUCGGCCCGAAGAAGGCGAUCGAGUUGAUCAACAAGCACCGCACGAUCGAAAAAAUUCUAGAGAACAUCGACACGAAGAAGUACAUUGUACCGGAGGAUUGGAACUAUCAGCAAGCGCGCCGGCUAUUCAAGGAACCGGAGGUACAGGAUGGGGAAUCGGUUGAGCUGAAGUGGUCCGAACCGGACGAGGAGGGGCUGGUGAAAUUCUUGUGCGGCGACCGGCAGUUUAACGAGGAUCGAAUUCGGGCCGGCGCGAAAAAAAUCAUGAAAACCAAAAAUACUGCCACCCAGGGGCGGUUGGACUCGUUCUUUAAGGUGCUGCCGUCCACCGGAACCCCGAAGCGGAAACCGGAUGAUAAGAAACCGAUCGGUGGUUCUUCGGCGAAGAAAGCCAAAACCAGCGGUGGUAGUGCAUCGAGGGGUCGCCGGCCAAAAUAAAUGGUGUUCGAAUGUUCUUGAAAUAAUUCUUGAUUAUUAUGUGUAGUUUACGAACCGAUAUUCUUAUUUUCAAUCGAUAACCUAUCAAUAAAACCUUAACGUUAUUAAAUCAA